UGAUGACUGCAAAAAUGUUUGCUGUCUUUAAAUUUUAUGUUCUUUUGAAAAUUAUGAAUUUUUGUGAAUUAUGAAAAUGUGCAUUGUCUGUGUAUUGUUUUGAAUUGUUUAAUUCUAUCCUCAACAGAGAGAUGAAGUUGUCCCUGGUGUUAGUUUACGGCAUGGUGUUGGUGUGUUCAUCCAUGGCUCGUCCGAAAAUCACAGGAGAUAUGAUCAAAACCAUGGCCAAAACCAUGAUCGCCAGACUCAAAAAGGUUAAAGCUGAGCAUUUUGCUAUGUCUUCUGAGAUAAGCUUUGGCACUGAUAAAGACACUCCUAUCGAAGGUUUAACCUCGAUUGUGGUGUACCUGGGCUCCAUGCAAGUGAGGUUGCGUGUCCCACCCACACACCAUCUGAGGCAAGUGGAGGAAGAUGUGGACACUUUGCUGGGCUACCUUCGUGGGAUGGCCGUCGGUCAGAGCUGCACACUACCUAAGGCGGGAAGCACCCUGCUAAAAUCCGAGACAGACUUCCCCAUCACAUCUUACUACCAAAGCCUGCUGGAUCUUCAAAGAUACCUGGAGAAACUGUGUCUUAACCUGGACAAGCUAAAGUCGUGUUGA